AUGCUAGAUGAGAAGUUCGGAAUCCUUGAGGAGCAAGAUGCAGCGGACUCGAAUACCUAUACGUUGGGCCGAAUCGGCAAACAUUACAUCGUGAUCGCCUGCCUCCCUGGAGGCCAGUACGGAACCACAGCAGCUACCACGGUCGCAAACAACAUGCUUCGCACCUUCUCCAAGUCACUUCGAAUCGGACUGAUGGUCGGUAUUGGAGGUGGGAUCCCUUCAGCUGCUCAUGAUAUCCGCCUCGGCGAUAUCGUGAUUAGUUGUCCCGAAGGCACUUGCGGUGGGGCUAUCCAUGAUCAUCCUACUAGCUCAAGCAACUGUGACGGAUGUCUAGCAGAGUGGGAAGAUACUAGAGAUAAACGCGAAGACGAGGAUCCACAGACCCAUUAUGGUAUUAUUGCUUCUGGUAAUAAGGUCAUCAAGCACGGGCGGACAAGAGAGCAACUUCAUUUAGAGACUGGGGCAUUGUGCUUUGAGAUGGAGGCAGCUGGUCUGAUGCUGGACUUCCCCUGCGUUGUCAUCCGCGGUGUUUGUGACUAUGCCGACUCGCACAAGAACAAGGAAUGGCAGGGAUAUGCUGCCCUGGCAGCCGCAGCAUACACAAAAGAGCUGCUGGGCUAUGUCCCGGUUGGUCGUGUGUCACAGGAGGGCUUGGUAGUAGAUAUAUGCAACAGGUUAAAGGCCGAAAUUAAAGGCACAAAUCAACGCCUAGACCAUGCAUACCGCCAACAAGAAGAACAUCAUCGCGAGAGGGUUGCGUUUGCUUUGACGGACCAGCAACACCGCUGUCACCAAACAUUUAAGGUAUCAACUUAUGAGGAGCAAAAGAACAUCAAUCGUAGAAAAGCGGAAGGAACCUGCCUAUGGGCUCUACAGAGCCCUGAGUACGUCCGUUGGUCAGAGAGCAGCUGCAACGAUCUUCUCUGGGUGUCAGCCGAUCCAGGCUGUGGGAAGUCUGUACUAUCCCGAUCAAUAAUCGACGACUACCUUAAUGGCUCUUAUCCAGAAGUAACAACCUGUUACUUUUUCUUCAAAGACAACGAUGAACAGAAUCAUCUUGCUCCAGCACUUUGCUCGGUACUCCAUCAGCUUUUUAGCCAGCGGCCUCAGCUGUUACGUCAUGCCAUACCAUCUUGGGAAAAGAGUGGGGAGAAAAUCCGACAAGAGGUUGACGAAUUGUGGAGAAUUUUUAUAAGCGCCGUCUUAGCUGAUGACUUUUGCAAGACAAUCUGCAUAUUCGAUGCGCUUGAUGAAUGCCGUGAGAUUGAUCAGAACCGGCUAAUCGAGAAGCUCCAGUCAUUUCACCGCCUACCACAUCCACACACAGAGGAUAUUUGGUUAAAAUACCUGGUCACCAGUCGCCCGUAUGAUGAUAUCCAUAAGAAGUUCCGAGUGAUCACGGACUCUUUCCCACAUGUUCACCUUAAAGGGGAGGAAGAAAAUGAUCAGAUCCACCAUGAAAUCGAUCUUGUCGUGAAGAUGCGAGUAAAAGAGCUCGCUGAAACAGCGCCGUUGUCACAGGAAAUAGAGCAGCGACUGGAGCAACAGCUUCUGCAAAUGGAGCACCGUACAUAUCUCUGGCUACAUUUAGCCAUGGACGACAUUCAAUCUACACUCGAGGACAGCCCUCGCCCAGCUGAGGAGCCAAUCCAGGUGAUACCUCGAUCAGUAGAUGAGGCAUAUGAGAAAAUCCUUAGUCGAGUGCCAUCCCGUCAAGUGGAAGUUGCGAGAAAGAUUUUACAACUUAUCGUAGCAGCACGGCGCCCUUUGACAACGGCGGAAAUGGCCAUGGCGCUCGGUAUAGCCAUCUCUCCACAAUCCCAGACUGCAGCAGAGGCUGGACUCGAGUCAUCCCAGGUCGACAAAAAGCUGCGUCGAUUAUGUGGCCUUUUUGUUUUCAUCAACAACUCCAAGAUCUACUUAAUUCAUCAGACAGCAAGGGAAUUUCUUGUCCAGAAGAGUCGUUCUAACAGUGCCAACUACUUAUACUGCUGGAGCCUGACUGAUACCGAGGAUCAAAUGGCUGUUAUCUGUUUGCGAUACCUGUUGAUGGAGGAUCUGGAACGCGAUGAAGAGGACUCAAGCUCUAACAUUCGAAGCUUUCUAAAUUACUCAGCAUUAUAUUGGCCGGACCACAAAAGAAAGAUGAGUCUGACCCAAGACCAAGAAGCCGCUAGUCAAGUUCACCGGAUGUAUGAUACGAGCAGGAAAGGAUUUUCGUUAUGGUUCCCUAUCUUUUGGAAGUCUAUCAAGACUUAUGGAAAUCCACCGUCAAUGACUGCUUUACAUCUGGCAUCGUUAAACGGACAUGAGCGGGAGGUUGAGUUUUUACUGUCUCUCGGGGGAGAGGAUAUCAAUUCGACGGAUGAUAGAGGAACCUACCCUAUUAUAUUGGCCUCACUAAAUGGUUAUGGGAGGGUUGUGCAUUUGCUACUUGAGAAAGGAGCCGAGAUCAACGCCCAAGGUGGAGAAUACGGGAAUGCUCUCCAAGCUGCGUCUCUAAAAGGACAUGACAAGAUUGUGCAGUUACUACUUGCGAAAGGAGCCGAGAUCAACGCCCAAGGUGGAGAAUACGGGAAUGCUCUCCAAGCUGCGUCUCUAGAAGGACAUGACAAGAUUGUGCAGUUACUACUUGCGAAAGGAGCUGAGAUCAACGCCCAAGGUGGAGAAUACGGGAAUGCUCUCCAAGCUGCGUCUUACGAAGGACAUGAUAAGACCGUGCAGUUACUACUUGAGAAAGGAGCCGAGAUCAACGCCCAAGGUGGAUUCUGUGGGAAUGCUCUCCAAGCUGCGUCUCUAGAAGGACAUGACAAGAUUGUGCAGUUACUACUUGCGAAAGGAGCUGAGAUCAACCCCUAA